AAAAUUAUAGCCACAGCCAGCAAAAUACAGCUGAUUAGCCUGCAAGCUACCAAAAAUGGAGAAACGCAUUGCGCGUUUGGUUUAGGAGUCGAACCUGAAACGGCGUGAAACUGUUACAUUCACUGGAAGUUCCGUUGUUAGUAUGACACAUAAAAUUCAUUUUUGGACAUGACCUCGGCACACGUCUAUGUUUAUGUCGUGGCACCUCAAGGAAUAUCCGUGUCAGCACAAAGAAAUCCAGGCUUUGUGUCAAAAUGGAUGUUGACCACAGCUCUGCAGAUGUGUCAGCUCCUGCACUCUCAAACACAUCUAUUGAUGUAGAGCUCGAGGAUGCCGAGAUCAAAUAUGAGGUGACUGCAGAUUCUCAGGUGGAAGAUUUGGAUGAGUACCACCUGAUGGAGCCUCCUCCUUUAGACUGGAAGUCAGAUUCCUCCACUGAGGCGGGCUCAGCAGAAGAUCCCGAAGACCCCAGCUUCCUCACUCCUACUGGAAAUGAAGAAGAGGCCAGCUCAGGUGAUGCUGACGCAUCUCGCACUGUGGUUUCGGCAGAUUCCAACCAGGUACAUGAUGAGCUGGAAGUGGAUGAUGUUGAGGAAGAUGGCGAUACCCUUGAGGAAAAAACAUCCGCAGAUGUGGAGGAGGAGGCUGCUAAUCGAACACAAGGCGAUGAAGACCACACUUGUAUCCAAACCCUGCUCAGCCAACUACAGAUGAUCGAAGAAGAGCAUAAGCCGAAUCCCGGAACGCUGCCUUGCUUUGAUGGACAUCAACAAUCCGAUCUUGAGGCAUGCUCUUCAUCAUCACCCUUAACAGACGACAGCACUGAAACCACCGGGUUGCUUUUUUCGGAAAGCCACCAGAGAGACGUACUGGGACUGCUGCAGUGCACAGCCAUUAACGCUCCACCCCAUUCUGGCUGCCUCCCACACACAGGGGAAGUGGACGCUGUUGUUUCUAUAUCCUACAACCAGGAGGACGUCCCCAGGUUUUGGGGUCAUUAUGGCAAUGGUCAAGAGCAGAGACAACGGGCCGACUCCGCUGCCUCGCUCCCUGACGAUGAGUUACCUGAGCAGGUGUGGAUGAAAAUGGGAGAAGAGGCACCAGGGAAGGAAGCUGCUGCAGCAGAAAGUGAUGAGAACGAUCAGCCUUCAUAUAAAGACGUACCUGGUCCUUGUGACCCUGAAGAUCUUCUAGAUGGAGUCAUAUUUGGUGCCAAAUACUUGGGCUCCACCCAGAUCAAAUCAGAGAAGCACCCAUCUACUAACGCCCGUAUGGUCCAGGCUCAAGAGGCAGUGGACCGCAUUAAGGCCCCAGAUGGCGAGACCCAACCCAUGACAGAAGUGGAUCUUUUUAUCUCCACUCAGAGGAUCAAAGUUCUGUCUGCUGAUACGCAGGAAGCCAUGAUGGAUCACGCUUUACAGAUGAUUUCUUACAUCGCAGACAUUGGCGAGAUUGUUGUCCUGAUGGCACGCAGGAAGCGUAAAGGCCAAGGAAGCCCUGCUGCCGCCGCUGCCUCCUCCUCCUCCAAGGCUCAGAAGUGCCUAAUGGUCUGCCACGUCUUCUCUUCUGAGGAUGCUCAGAUCAUAGCUCAAGCUAUUGGCCAGGCAUUCGGCGUGGCCUACCAGCAGUUCCUUCAGACCAAUGGCAUCAAGGCCAGUGAUCUGCAGCCUGGCGAGUACAGCGACUACUUGGAAAGUCAGGAGCUCUACAAUGGAGAUCUGGCCCACUUCUCUGACUCCCAGAACAUCAGAGAUAUUACCAUCACCAAGGUUACAGGAGAAAUUUUGGGGUUGGCGAUAGUGGAGUCGGGCUGGGGCUCUAUCCUGCCCACAGUAAUGGUGGCCAACCUCCUUCACGGAGGCCCUGCUGAGCGCUGUGGAGAGCUCAGCAUCGGUGAUCGCAUCAUGUCCGUCAACAGCACCAGCAUGGUGGGUCUGCCCAUCACCACCUGCCAGAACAUCAUCCGGGAUUUGAAAAGCCAGAAGUAUGUUAAGCUCAGUAUUGUCCACUGUCCUCCCGUAACCAUGGCGAUUAUCAGGCGACCAGAUCCCAAGUUUCAGCUGGGUUUCAGUGUGGAAGACGGCAUUAUCUGCAGUCUAAUGCGGGGUGGUAUUGCAGAAAGAGGAGGCAUCCGAGUUGGACAUCGCAUCAUUGAAAUUAACGGGCAGAGUGUUGUUGCCACACCACACGACAAGAUUAUUCACAUUUUAACUAAUGCUGUUGGAGAGAUUCACUUAAAGACCAUGCCGGCCUCCACAUACAGGCUCUUAACAGGACAAGAACAACCAGUAUUUCUUUGACUCAAGGAACUGCUCAGUGUUUUCUAAUCUACAAACAUUUGCCAAACCCAUAAGAUACUAUGCAACUGAUCACACACAGCAUAACUACUGUCAAGUACAACAAUGUAGCAUAGUCACCAAAUCAAAUUCCUUGUGUGUUUUAAACAUACUUGGCCAAUAAAGCUGAUGCUGAUUCUGAUGACCACAUAUUUACAAACCCUUGUGCACCCCUACGGUCCAAAACAAGUAUUACAUGAGCUCCUUAUAUGAUAUUUGAGGGUUAGUGGUCUGAAAUUUCUUCAGGGAGUUUUUUAUACACAGUCGUGGUCAAAAGUUUACAUACACUUGUAAAGAGCAUAAUGUCAUGGCUGUCUUGAUUUUCCAUUAAUUUCUACAACUCUUAUUUUUUUGUGAUAGAGUGAUUGGAGCACAUAUUUGUUUGCCACAAAAAACAUUCAUGAAGUUUGGUUCUUUUAUGAAUUUAUUAUGGGUCUACUGAAAAUGUGACCAAACCUGCUGGGUCAAAAGUAUACAUACAGCAAUGUUAAUAUUUGCUUACAUGUCCCUUGGCAAGUUUCACUGCAAUAAGGCGCUUUUGGAAGCAACAUCCACGAGCUUCUGGCAAGCUUCUGGUUGAAUUUUUGACCACUCCUCUUGACAAAAUUGGUGCAGUUCAGCUAAAUUUGUUGGUUUUCUGACAUGGACUUGUUUCUUCAGCAUUGUCAACAUGUUCUCAAUGGGGUUUAAGUCAGGACUUUGGGAAGGCCAUUCUAAAACCUUAAUUCUAGCCUGAUUUAGCCAUUACUUUACCACUUUUGACGUGUGUUUGGGGUCAUUGUCCUGUUGGAACACCCAACUGAGCCCAAGACCCAACCUUCAAGCUGAUGAUUUUAGGUUGUCCUGAAGAAUUUGGAGGUAAUCCUCCUUUUUCAUUGUCCCAUUUACUCUCUGUAAAGCACCCAUUUCAUUGGCAGUAAAACAGGUCCAGAGCAUAAUACUACCACCAACAUGCUUGACGGUAGGAUUGAUGUUCCUGAGAUUAAAGUCUUCACCUUUUCUCCUCCAAACAUAUUGCUGGGCAUUGUCGCCAAACAGCUCACUUUUUGUUUCAUCUGACCACAGACCUUUCCUCCAGAAGGUCUUAUCUUUGUCCAUGUGAUCAGCAGAAAACUUUAGACGAGCCUUAAGGUGUCGCUUCUGAAGCAAGGGCUUCCUUCUUGCAUGGUAGCCUCUCAGUCCAUGGCGAUGCAAAACACGCUUAACUGUGGACACUGACACCUGUGUUCCAGCAGCUUCCAAUUAAUUGCAGACCUGCUUUUUGGUGGUUCUCGGUUGACUCUUGAUCAUCCUGACCAAUUUUCUCUCAGCAGCAGGUGAUAGCUUGCGUUUUCUUCCUGAUCUUGGCAGUGACAAAACUGUGCCAUGCACUUUAUACUUAUGAACAAUUGUCUGCAUAGUUACUCUUGGGACCUUAAAUUGCUUUGAAAAGGCUCCAAGUGACUUUCCUGACUUGUUCAAGUCAAUGAUUCGUUUUUUCAGAUCUGUGCUGAGUUCCUUUGACUUUUCCAUUGUCGCGUUUGUAACCGAGUCUAAUGACUGCAUCACAUGAGCCCUAUUUAAAUGGGCUCAGAGAAGUCAACAGGUGUCGUCAAUCAUAUUCACUCACAUGAAGUUAAGAGGCCAUGCCAUGAAGCUAAUUUGAUUUGAUUGUAACUUUUCUACAUCACCAAAAUAGACCCAUAAUAAAUUCAUAAAAGAAACAAACUUCAUGAAUGUUUUUUGUGACAAACAAAUAUGUGCUCCAAUCACUCUAUCACAAUAAAAUAAGAGUUGUAGAAAUUAUUGGAAACUCAAGACAGCUAUGACAUUAUGUCCCUCACAAGUGUAUGCAAACUUUUGACCACGACUGUAUAUAUGCAAUCACAUUGUGUUUUUGACGGCAACAUUUUUUAGAAUAGGAUGUAAACAUUAAGUAUACACACUUUCUCUUAAGACUGCUUUUGGCUCUAUUGACGCCCCUUGUCGCUGCUAUUUUUUUUUUUUUAACAGACUAAUCCUGAUAGAUUACUUUGCUUUUUUUGAUGAAAACCAAAUUAAUGCGUGUUGGUGUAAUUGCACUCCUUAACCACCGGAUGGUGCCAGAAAAACAGUAUAAUUCUCAGAGUUUAGAUGAGCUAUUAAACCUUUGAAAUGCAAUGAACAUAUUUGGCAGUUAUAUAUAACAUUUUAUAUAACAGGGCAGAUAUAUGUAGUCUUGCCUGUUUUCUCUCUUCAUUCUAGCUCAGUAGCCACUGAAAAUAAUCUUUUUUUUUUACUACCAUAACAAAAUCAUUGUCAUGAUUUUAUUUGACCUAUUCAAGGCGGUAAUUACCCAACCUCAAAUAUUACAUUCUGCAACUUAUUUUUUAAAGUGUUUCAUAUUUUGCAUUUUCCAAUUAUAAAAAACAGUUGUUGUUUAGUUUUUGUUUUUUUUUUACAAAAAAAAGGCCAUAAAACAAAAAUCAUUGACAUUUCAAAUCAAUAGCUGGAUCUGAAGUUGGUAAAAUAUUUCAAGUGUUGAAAGUAACAGAAAAUAUUAAUGCAUUGCUGACUUAUGAUACCUUAAUGAGCGUAUUCCUUUUAGAUCCUAAGAGUAAGUGUGUAUGGUCAAUCUUAAGGUUGCACAAGGGUUAAAGGUAAAUUGAUUUAUAUUGCUCAGUUUGUAACUGUUUGCUAUGUAACAAUAAUGCAAGUAGCCUAGAAGCCAUGAUACAUUUUGUAGAUGUUUUACACGUUUUUUGUUUUUUACAUUGCAUUUCAUAAGGGUUUUUUUUUUGGUCUUCCUGCUUGUAAGCAUCUUGUGUGCCUGACCUGAAAGUGCUCACAGAGGAGAUGUAAAAGUACGGGUGUACUCCAAGUCUCUCACUUUGUCACUUGAAUGCACGUUCAAGCGACACCAUGGUUUCAUUCAUACAAUACCUACCUGACGCUGCUUGGCGGUAGUAAAAAUGCACAUUUAAAGAUGACUGGUAUUUGACAAGAGACUUCUAUGUUUUCCAAAUUGAAUUGCAGUUUUGUGCAUUCAUUAAGCUGGUGUGUAAAAUAUCCUCCUGGUAUUUGGUAACUUACCCAUGAUAAUGUAUCACAGCUCUAUACAUUUACAGAAUAAUGCUCAAUUUGGCAGACAUGGUCAUUGAUAUGUUUAUAUAUUUCCGGGUGGAAGUGCUUGGUGGUGUACAACUGCACUUUAUGAUACUGAGAGCUUUCUAAUAUUUUGGUCAUCUUUAGUGACAACUACAAACAAUAAUACAUUUUUUUAUUGAA